UUCGCCAGAGAGAGAGAGAGAGAGUGAGAGCGAGUGAGUUAGUGCGAGAGAGGGGAGGGGAGAGAGCAGAGUCUGUUCUUGUAUACAUAUAGGUUUACGAACAGAAACAAAAAAAGAAGUAAAGUGGUUCGCGAUGAAUUCUCGUAUACGAUUCGCGUGUGCGAGUAUGUACGAUGUAACGACGAGGAAAUUGUUAUUGGGGUCACUUCCGCGGAAAUUUCGGGUUGCUUGUUAAUUUUGUGCAAAUUCGAUGGGGAGUCGAGAACAUUUACAUAUUGCAUCGUCGCGAGUAUUUGCAUGUGCAGAUUUGAUUAACUACAGCGAACCAUAUCGUUAUUAUUCAAACAAUGGCGUUAAUACCCGUGCUCAGUGGUUUUAAGCUAGGUUAACCUGGCUAUAACCUAUAUUCGACCCAAUCGAACUCCAACGUACAACAAUGGUAACAUGGUAAACGAAGUUUUACCGUAAAGGAUCAAAUAACGAUGGAGACGGUGGAAACCGGAAGUAACUAACAGAAGGAGAUACAAAGAAUCAAACGAAGUGGAACGAAGUAGAAAAACGUUAUAAAACUGGAGGAACGAAAAGAUUUUCCACGUUGGUGUUGCAACGGUUGGUACGGUUGAAAAAAACGUAUGGACUGUCGGACACGUCGGUGAGAAUAUGGCGAUAAUCUCUCGGGCAGAAACGAGUGGCAGUCACGGCAAUGCCUAAUCUGGAAAAUCUACGAGCCGUGACAUUCCAUUUUCAUGGUCAAUUAAUGCAACGCAAUCGAUUCACCGCCGCCGCUGACACCGUUCCAAUCCUUUCACUCGUGUCUCCCGCCGAUUUUUUACCACGGCCAGAGGCGAUAAUUGCUCGUCCAAGUUGUUGCCUAGUUCCAGCUAAACGGAAUCAAUUAACGAACGGUGAACGCGAACAUGGGAUUACUUCAGCGUUCUUUCAUUACCGAUCCCUGUGAUUUAGACGUCGGUUAAGUCCUGGUUAAAUAGAACUUGAUUAUAAAUUAACUUGAAUUAAGUGCAAAUUAAUCUCUGCGGGAACGAGCUUAUUAAGAAUGAGUAGAUUACGUCUGAAAAGAGAUGAUUCGAGGUAUGAAAGAUCCCAGGUUGAAAGUUUAUGUCCAGAAAGCCCAGAUAAUAUCGAGAUAUCUUCUGAUGAAAGUGGUAUCGUGCCAACUAACGAGAUAAUAGAAAGUGAAAAGGAUUCUUCAGACCCAUCGAUAACAGAUACAAGUUAUGACGAAGAGACACUAUCUAAAUUUCAAAAAUCUACAGACAGUAUAAAAUCAGAUGAAGAUAUUAAAGAACUUACGUAUAACACAAGUUCAAAAUCCAAGACUUCCAUGUUUAACUGGGGCCAAGAAGGCCCAAGUCCAAAAAGAAGAAACAUCUACGAUAACAGUGAUUCCAAUUCUUCUGAUGAAUUCAACUCAAAACCAAUAUGGUUUCAAAAAAAACAGGAAAAAGAGAAAAACAAAAGUAGUCAUAUUAAACAAACCAAAAUUAAAAAUGAACCAAACAAUAAACAAAAAGAAGAAACCGUGACUCAAGUGAGUAUACAGCACGAGCAAAUGAUAUCUGGAAUUAAAGUGAAGCUUCCUGUGAAGCCUUACUCGUGUCAGGUGGCUGUAAUGAAUCAGCUCAUACAAGGUUGUAUAAAACAGGAAAAUUGCCUUCUGGAGAGUCCAACAGGAAGUGGGAAAACCUUGGCUCUUCUUUGUGGUGUUCUGGCGUGGCAUGACCAUCAUCUUGCCGAAGUGCAGAACCAUAACGAGAAACUGAAAAAGCAAAUCUACGAGGAUAUUUUACAGGACUGCAAAUCAACGACGUCGCGCGAAAACAAUGGAGAAGACCUUCCUGAAAGCUCGAAUACAAAAUGUAUGGAUUAUUGCGAGGACUAUGACGAGGAGGAAGAUCUCAGGAACUCGUAUGAAGAAUUAAAGAAGAUAAAGAUAUCAAAAAUAUUCUACGGUACGCGAACGCACAAGCAAAUCGAACAGGUUGUAAGGGAAUUAAAGAAAACUUCGUACAGACACAAAAAAAUGACUAUUUUGAGCAGUAGAGAGCGCACUUGCAUCCAAGAGACUACGAAAAAUAAAACUGAGCUCUGCAACGACCUGUUGGACAUUCAAAAUCGCAAAGGCUGUCCGUUUUACAACGAAUCUAACAAAAAGAUCAUUGCAACGUUUCGCGGGGCGAAAAGUCGAGGUUUGGACGAUAUAUGGGACAUCGAAGACUUGGUAGCGAUCGGAAGAAACGAAGAACUGUGUCCAUAUUUCGCCGCCAGAAAUUUAAUGGAUCACGCGGACAUUAUUUUCUGCCCUUAUAACUACAUCGUGGAUCCCGAUAUUCGUGAAAGUAUGCAACUCAAUGUGGCCGGCCAUGUGAUUAUUCUGGACGAAGCUCAUAAUAUAGAAGACAUCUGCAGAGAAGCUGCAAGCGUUAGUUUUCGCGAGGAUCAUCUUACAGCCGUUGCGACUGAAUGUGAAUCUCUUAUGAAACAAAGAGCUCCAGAUUCCGAGAUUUAUGGAACUCUUCAAACGUAUUCCCUCAAGCUGGUGAAUUUUCUGAAAAUCACGGGCGUCGAUAAAAUCGGCUAUAACAGCGACAAUCUUUCAAGUCCGUACUGGACCGGUGCAGAGCUGUUAGAAUUAUUUAACAUGAACGGUUUAAACGAAACCAUGUAUACUAAUUUCCUGGGAGCGUGCAACGCAGCAAUUGCAGAUUCGAAUAAAGCGAAAGAGGAGAGUAGAACAACUCAGAAAGUGUUAAAGCCGAUCAUUUCACCAGCUACCAAGAGAUUAAUUGAACAACUAAUGUUCACUGUACGGAUGAUCACUUCUAGCGAAUACAUGAAUGACUUUAGGGCCUGUGUAACAGAAACCACAGUAAAUGAUUUCAAAUACGCCACUGAGAAUACAUGGUUGUCAUCGAAAGUGUGUACACAGCGUGUACGAACCUUGAAACUACUGUGCAUGAAUCCGGGUGUGACCUUUGCACCGCUUGCUCGACAAGCGCGCUCUAUAAUCCUCGCGUCCGGUACCCUGAGUCCGACUGCGUCGUUCCAAGGCGAAUUGGGAACGUCAUUUGCACACGUGCUCAACACCGGCCACGUGAUACCCAAGGAACAAGUUUACGCUAUGUGCAUACCUCGAGGACCGAAUGAAGUUAAACUAAGGGCGAAUUAUCAAUCUGUGAACAGCUGGGCUUUUCAAGAUGAACUAGGUGCAGUAUUGUUGGAUGUUUGUGAGUCAGUGCCACAUGGAAUCCUUUGCUUCUUCUCAUCCUAUAACGUAAUGCACACACAAAUACAGAGGUGGAAAAAUAAUUCCAUUUGGAUGAAAAUCAACGAUGUGAAGCAAGUCUUCAUAGAACCACGCCAUGGUGAUGAUCUUAAAGAUAUCAUGUAUGAAUAUCGUCAAGUGAUAGAGCAGACAUCUACUGAACGAAGAGGAAAAAUCACUGGAGCUUUAUUUCUGGCUGUCUUCAGAGGAAAAGUAGCAGAAGGGAUUGAUUUUAAGGAUAAUGAAGCACGUUGUGUCAUUACUGUUGGAAUACCAUAUGCAGUAAGAAAAGAUCCUGUGAUUGAUAUGAAACUGAAUUACAAUGAUACGAACGUUAAGAAAGGAUUGUUGAAGGGUUCAGAGUGGUACAAUAUACAAGCUUUUAGGGCAUUGAAUCAAGCUUUAGGUCGUUGCUUGAGACAUAUUAACGAUUGGGGAGCUGUAUUGCUAGUCGAUGAAAGGUUUCUGAUGCAUGAAUAUAAGGAAAAUCUUCCAAAAUGGGUGAAAACGAUGUGGGUCAACCAAAAUGGAUACAACUUGAGAGAGAAUCUUAAAGACUUUGUAUCAAAACAAAAGGCAAGAGAAGAAAAACUAUUAGGAAUUACAAACAGUUAACGAAACUGGUUAAAUUAAGAAAUAUGAUGAUAUUUAGUAAGAUUAUGUGCGUGUUAUAAAUUCAUAUGACAUUUAAAAAGUAUAUAUAUGUAUUCAAUACAAAACCUGUAUCCGCAAACGGAAUGCAUAUUUUGUUAAUAUGUCACAUGAUAUACUAAAUUUUACCAUGAAUGACAUAAUCUUAGAUUUUAUAUACAUUACAAACAUUUCUUUUUUUUUUAAUAUAUAAAAUGAAGACAAUUUUGUUAUCCAUCUUAAAUAGAUCACAAACAUUAGUUUCAACAAAUGCUUUGUUUUUUACAUAUUGAGCGUAUCUCUUUUUUGUAUCAUUCUUAGAUGUUUCUUCUUCAUCUUCUUUAAUUUUGCAGUAUUUGUAAUCUAUAAAUAAACGUUAUAUUUAAUCAUAA